CUCAGCAGUGAGCAGCUCGCGCACUGUGGUUGAGACUCCACUGCACGCGGCGCUACAGUGACAGAUAACUGAUUAGAGCGAGGAUGAGCAGCAGCGCGCUCCGCUCCGUGAUGAAGGUCUCGUGCCCAACUGCUGAUCCGAGCUGCGCGCACAUGGAGACUCUCACCACGAGAACCCACAGAGAGCUGGAGAUCCAGCCUGCAGCCACUGUUGCCAUGGUGCAGGAGGCAGUUCAGCCCUUCCCCACAGUGGACGUUCCUGACCAUGCUCACUACACUAUUGGGGCGGUCAUUCUGGCCAUUGGCAUCACCGGCAUGGUGGGCAACUUCCUGGUCAUCUAUGCCUUCAGCAGGAGCCGUACUUUAAGGACCCCUGCCAACAUGUUCAUCAUAAACCUGGCCAUCACAGACUUCCUGAUGUGUGCCACACAGUCUCCUAUAUUCUUCACUACUAGUAUGCACAAGAGAUGGAUAUUUGGAGAAAAAGGCUGUGAGCUGUAUGCGUUCUGUGGUGCUCUGUUUGGUAUCUGCUCUAUGAUCACACUCACAGUCAUCGCUGUGGACCGAUACUUCGUCAUCACACGGCCUCUGGCCUCCAUCGGUGUGCUGUCCCAGAAAAGGGCACUGCUGAUCCUCACAUGUGCCUGGGCUUACUCCCUGGGCUGGAGCCUGCCACCCUUCUUUGGCUGGAGUGCCUAUGUUCCUGAAGGACUUCUUACUUCUUGUACGUGGGAUUACGUGACCUUCACCCCCUCAGUACGAGCCUACACGAUGCUCCUCUUCAUCUUCGUCUUCUUCAUCCCCCUCAUUGUUAUAAUCUACUGUUAUUUCUUCAUCUUCCGGGCCAUCCGCAUCACUAACCAAGAUGUGGAGAAGAUCAAUGGAAACAACACCAGGGACACAAUUAAGAAAUUCCAAAGGCUGAGGAAUGAGUGGAAGAUGGCUAAGGUUGCUCUGAUUGUCAUCCUGCUUUAUGUCAUCUCAUGGUCUCCCUAUUCAUCUGUGGCCCUGACAGCGUUUGCUGGGUAUGCAGAUAUGCUGACGCCAUAUAUGAACUCUGUGCCUGCUGUGAUAGCCAAAGCUUCGGCCAUCCACAAUCCCAUCAUCUAUGCCAUCACCCACCCCAAAUACAGACUGGCCAUAGCGAAGUACAUCCCUUUCCUGCGUGUGCUGCUGUGUGUUCCUAAGAGAGAGCUGCAGUCUCUGCAAAGUAGCUUCAUGUCAACACGUCGCUCCACUGUUACCAGCCAGACCUCAGACAUAUCUGGAAACUUCCGCAGAACCAGCACCGGCAAAUCCCGCCUGUCUUCUGCUUCUGACAGUGAAUCUGGCUGGACUGAUACAGAGGCUGACCUGUCCAGUAUGAGCUCAAGGCCAGCCAGCCGGCAGGUGUCCUGCGACAUCAGCAAGGACACAGCUGACCUCCCAGACUUCAAACCGCGGAGCUCAUCCAGCUUCAAAUCCAAACUCAGGAAACACGACUCUGGCAUCUUUGAAAAGACGUCCUGUGAUCUGGAUGAUGUGUCUGUAGCUGCUGUAACCUACCCUGACCGUGGCUUCGCUCCUGCUGGUGGCGACAACUCAGAUAGUGGCAUGAUUUCCAGAGGCAUGAUUGGCCGGAUCCCCAGCAUCGUCAUCACGUCUGAAACCAGCCCCUUCCUGGCCUCUGUGAGGUCCAACUGCCGCAAUGCACUUUCUCGCAACUCAAACGGCAGCACUGGGACGCUCUCCAGUUCCAGAGAUGCAUCGGGGCGUGUCCAGCAGGGGGCAGGACUGCACUCGAAUGCUGCUGAUUCACCGGCCUCUGCUCACAGUCACACCUCCCCCCCUCACUGAGUUCACUGUCUCACCACUGUCUGAUCACCACUAGGGGUUUAGCGGUCUGACCAUGCUGACCAGUCUGCACUUUACAGGGUGCAGUUAUGCUCCAGUAAUACACUUUUUAUACUGACACACCAAAAGUCAUGCAGAAGAAUGCUGCACUCACCGUCAGCUGAAGCUGCUUUUCACACAGAUUCACAUAGAUAAUUCUAGCCAGAUACAGCUAGUCAUGAUCAUUACCACCCACUACUCUGUCCCCUGUGGGUGGUAAUAAUGCCUUUUACGUUGUAUUUCCAGUACAAAUCUCCACACUGUGGACUGAGGAAUGUUAAAUGCCCGCAGAACUACGGUAACACAGUGUCCCUUUCAUAACUGGCUAGUGUUGUGUUCAACCUCUCUCACAAGAUAGCACCUCACAACUUACACAGGUGUGAGUAUUCCCAAACUGUCUCCUGAAAUAACACUUCACAAACAAUUUACAAUACUGCUAUCCCAUGACUUUUGGCAUGUCAGUGUGCACCAGAGGGAGGAGUCUAUCUGCACAUUUCUAGUGCACAGAUUCUGACUUAGGACAACAUAAAUCAACUUUACAGUCUAUAUAUAUUUAAAAAGCUUUAUUUAUUGAAGAAGGUAAAAAGUAUUUAUAACUGUAAUGUAUUUAAUCAUAAGAUUUUAUUCCAAAAAAUAUUUUUUGGACCAUAUCUGUUUAUUUUUGCCAUAAAAAGUUCACACAAUGUAAAAGGCAGCUGAUGGGUCAUUAUAGUGUAAAGUAAAUUAAUAAUGUAGUUAUUUAAUUGUUUAAUUGUUUUUUUUUUGACGAUUUUAUUUGGUAAAUCUUGAUUUUCCUCUAAACUAAACUAAACUAAACUAAACUAAACUAAACUAAACUAAAGAGCAACACAUUAAAAAAUAACGCACAGCCAGUCACCAGAUCCCGCUUUCACUCCGUUUUCCAGUCAUUUCCCUGAUGUUGCUCUUUGACACACAAUCAAACCUACUGUCCUAUUUGAUGUUGUUUUUAAGCUAGGGAAGCUAGGGAAACACACUGCAUUACAGAUUGUUCAGUUUUGAGACCUAUCAUUUAAACAGGCUUACGGUCAUGCAAGUCAAUCUGCCAUACAGCCAUAUUGUUUGUAAGUGAUACAGCAGCAGACAGUGUACUGUAUCCACCUGCUGGAUGCUCUCUUUAUCACUCACACAGAAUGAAGCUAGACGGAGCAAAUUGAAGCUUUUUGUUCUAUUAGUCAGACUGAGCCACUUACAGCUGCUAGCCCGUGGGGACACAGUGGGUGGUGAGGGCGUCCCACUGGGCUGAAAAUCCAUGGCCUGCUCUGCUUUCCCAUGCUCCAGGUGAACAGUCACGGCCAAUUCCAACCAGACACGACUCCCACAUGCUGCCUGAACGUAGAGACAGCAAACUAAAGUCAAUCAAAUGAACAGCUUGAUAGAGUAACAAAAUAUAUAGAUAUUUUGAAGGUUAUUCUGCUGCUAUGGUAUCAACUUUUAUUUAGCUAUAUGUUUCUUUGAAGGCCAAAUGAUUCUUUUUAUGGUUUUCAGAUUGUAUGGCUUUCUUAAUGUUACUAGCCCUCAGGAGUUUUCCCAAACUGGCUUCAGGGUUGACUUUUUGAAUGUGUGCUUUGUUACUUCCAUAUGUGUUUAAACUUGUGUUUAUUCUUUAACACUUUACAUGUUUCAUCCAAGUUAUAACUACCAUACUGACAUUAUGAACAAUAACUUCAAAGGCCAUAAUAGAGAACCCUGUGAGACACCACAAAAUAUUUUUUGUAAUAACUUUAGUAUAUACCAAACAAUUCCUAAACAUUUCUGCAAUGGAUUAUUAGUUAUUUAGCAUGCUAAUGCAUGCAAUUAAUAUGCAAAUUAAUCACGUGACAAAGUUUACAGAGCAUUUAGUGAGAUAGUACAGCAUUACUUAAUGUCAAGUUAGAAGGUUGAUUACUUUUUAUUUUUGCAGAAAUUUAGGCUCUCUCUAGCGUUUAUUUUAAUUUAAAAGCACUAAAACUGCCCUGAGAUAUUAUAAUAAGGAUAAAAAAAGGCAUAAACUAUAAAAUACAUUAUAAUUACUGUCUCCCUCCCAAAAUACAGGGGAAUACCAUCAUUUAAAAAAUGAACCAUAAUUUUAAUCAUGAUUUGAUCACAGAAUAAUCUUUUAUAAUGUUAUAAUUAUAAACCGCCUCUUUUUGAACUGCUGCUGAUGCAGCAUUGCUGAGUAGCCAGUGCACUCGGAGUAAAGCGCAGCGACUCGGUUCUGAUACAUCAGCUCACAGACACCUUGUGCUGAUUGACAUCACCCUUUGGAAUGAAGUGGGGAGAGAGCUCCAUCUUUCCAUCAAGAGAGAGCAAGGCCAGUUGUGCUCUCUCAGCUCUCCGGCAGCUGAAGGCAACUUGGCACCCUGUUUUUAUUUUUUUUAAUCAUCUGACAACACUACUAAAUGAUAAACUUAAUAACAAAGUUAAUAAUACUUUUUGUUUGCCUAUUGAAUCUCUGAAAGUCAUACUCAACGAUCAUUCUGACAAUUCAAUAAUAAUUAAAUGAGCCUAUAAUACUAAAGCACAAAACAGUAAGACCCUGUACAACAUCAGUUCCUUAUUUCUACACAAGAGUAACAUGAAGAAACAUGAAUGCUUGAUCACUAAAACACAAUAUCACCUCAUCUUUAUUUCUGGUUUAUUUUUUAUGACAUACAGGAUAUUAAACACAUCUGUUUAACCUUAUAUCAUAUAUGUAACACACAACAUUGCAAUAAAGGCCAGUUAUAUUUGUUUAAAAUGGGGAAAACUUCUUAACUUCUAAUUAGAAAAGCCUUGGGCAUUCACUGUGGCUAGAAGAAUUCCAUACAGUUUUACCACCGAAUAGAAAAACUCCCUUUUAUCCCAGUGUUUCUCUAUUCCUUGGCUAGCGUUCAUAUAAAUAGACACAUGAUCCUGUGUUUUUGCUGUUGUCUUUGCUGUGUUGUUAAAUUAUUGCUUGUUGUUUUGUUCACGUUUGUUUUAUAGUGUAAGACCACUUAGAGUGACUUUUCGUUUAGAUGUUUUCCUCUUUUUUUGUAUUUAUUGUCUUGUAUUUUUUUACUCUUGUUUCAAAGACUGGGGGAAAAGGAAUGUUAAUGGUCACUCCAGCGUCAUGUACAUUGUAUCAUUUUACCAUGUGGUUUACUUGUCUGUGUGUUUCUGUUAUGGUGAGUAAUUAUGUAUAUGAGAAUAUAUAAAUGAAAAUAUAUGUCAAACGAAAUGAAAAUGAAAAUAAUAAUGUCACCAGUGUUCUAUUAUUGUGGUUGUUCUUUUUUAUUUUUCUAAAUAA